AUGAAACAACUGGCUGCUUGGUAUCAGAAAAAGAUAAGCUCAUAUGAUAAAGAAGAAUGGGAGACCAUGGUGGAACAGUUGUUAAUGAGAGGCACUUAUCGUCGUCGCAUUAUAGAUUCACCGUCGCACGCGCGUUCAUAUCUGAUAGAUGUAGAUCUAGUAAGAGGUUCAUCAUUUCCUAAAGCCAAGCCCACAUUGGGCAUGCGCCGAGUAGUAUGGUUUGCUGUUGUCCGCCUAAUAUUCUUGCCAGCACUAUACCAAUGGUGGGCCCAACAAACCUCACCAUUAUGUGCAAAAUUUCUGCUUUCUCUGUGGUUUUUUCAAGUUAUCAACACAACGCUUUACUUUUUUGCACCAUCUACCUUGGAUUUGGAUGUAAACUGUUGGAUUGUACCAAUGGUUUUAAUGGUGGCUCUCAGCAUGGUACAUUCACACAUCGUUUGCACAACAGAAAUGGAACUAGCUAGAGUGCGUCCAAGAUCAACGUAUAGAAGGAAGCUUCCACGGUAUUUUAGAAGAUCUUACUCAGACUGUGAUGGAGGCAGUGGUAUUGCAUCAGCAGAAAGUGGUGCAACUUCAAGCCAAAGUAAAACACGUUUGACCAAACCGACGAAGUUCAGACGCCGCCUGUCUCGACCAGAUAUUACCGAUGCUGGCUUGAGAAAGAGAAGAAAAGACGCGAACGAAAAUCCUAAUGAUCUCACACUGCCAACAAUUAAAGAUAAACUACCAAAGAAAGCUAAAGAUUCUGAUGAUGAAGAUUACAUGCCCUGGAAAGUGCCCGAUGGGACACCCACGGUUACGUUUAAUCCGCCGCCUAACAUUGCAGCGGCCGGUUCUUCCUACAAACCAAAUAUACUAACAAAAAAAUACUUAGAAAUAUUCAACGUUCGUCAAAAUCAACAACAGGAAGUUCCGAGACCGAUUUUCGCAGACGGUGACGAUGGCUUCGAAAGCUUAAACGGAUAUAACUCCAGUGAAGGCGACAAACCUGAUCAAAACAAAGAUGUUUCGAAGAAUGAAAGUGAUAAAUCACCGGAUUUGGCACAGGAAGAUCAUUUACCAACUAAAAAACAAAAUGAUGUCGUAGAUAGUAAUAGCGAUGAUGAUAAAAAGAAUGUUCUAGAAGAAAAAUCGAAUGAUCCAGAUUCUGAUAAUGCUGUGACUACGAGCAGUCCCAAUACUGGAAAAAGAGUCAGUGUCCGAUUUAGAAGCUCCUGGUCAAAAGAUAAAAUAGCGAACUUAUCAAGUGAUGAAAACUUCGCAUCGAGAGUGAAAGACAAGCAUAAGAAAGUAGAGAAUUACCAGACGUCCUCCUCCGAUGGCGAGUGUUCGGCAUCUGCGCCAUCUAUCGCACUGCCUUCGCACCACACCAUGUCAGACUGGGUCGGACAAAUUACCAACAGUGAAGAGAGCAGUUAUGGGUCGCAAUCCGAGGCCGGACAUUCAGACGUGGGAUUUCAUUACACUGCUGAUAGUUCCUGGGAUCCAUUCGCAAUAUUAGAUCCAUCAAGUGAUACUGUAAAAUGUACAAUGUGGGAGCGCGGAGCAACACUCCGUGCAGAACUAUCUGCUGUCGACAUUAGCUGGUACGUCGUAGCCAGAGCUGAACGCGCAAUGGCCUCUGAUGGAUGCUUGUGGUCGGGACUUAUCUUGGCAGCUGUGGUGGCUUUUAAUGCUCCCAUCUUGAGACUGAUUCAGGUGGCGAUCGAACACGAUUCUAGGUCCGAGGAGGAAUUGCAGACCGUGUCCCUCAUAAGUUACAUUCCCUCCGUUAUUGGCAAUUACACACAAGGAUCGCCACUCCACACCUUUAACGCUGCCUUUGGUGAGAACUUUUGGGAAGGAAUGACGAACAUAUUAUCCUGUUUCCUGCGGUUUACUCUGAGCGGUUUAGUUUUUUUCCUUCUGGCGGUAGCCGAACGGACAUACAAACAGCGAUUUCUAUACGCGAAGUUGUUCUCUCAUCUAACAUCCGCGAGGCGCGCGAGGAAAUCGGAAUUGCCACAUUUUCGAUUGAACACCACGCUUGUAUCGGCUGCAUUCAUGAUAACACUUACUCUACUGGCUUGCGUCAGCGCUCAAUUGUUAAGGGACUCCAUAACAUUGGAACGAGGUUGGCUCCUCGAAGCGAUGAUAUGGAGUGGGUGUCUCGGCGUAUACCUAUUGCGUCUUUUAACAUUGGGUAGCAACGUAAACAGAAAGUAUCGUGGCUGCCUCUCUGCGAUACUUACGGAGCAAAUAAAUCUUCAUCUCGCGAUAGAACAGCGCCCCGAAAGCAAGGAACAACUGACUGUUGCCAAUAAUGUUCUUAAAUUGGCCGCUGAUUUGCUCAAAGAGUUGGACUCGCCAUUCAAAAUAUCUGGAAUCUGUGCCAAUCAUUAUCUAUACACGAUUACCAAAGUGGUUAUUUUGUCAGCUCUAUCGGGCGUCCUUUCCGAAAUGCUUGGAUUCAAAUUGAAGCUACAUAAAAUAAAAAUCAAAUAA